CUCAAGGGAGCCAAAGCAGAGGGCUUGAAGAGCCGCAUACGGCUCGAGAGGCGCGGGUUGCCGACCCCUGGUAUAGUGGAAUACCAGUUCACUGCAGACAGUCAUUACUCCUCUCUGGUGUCAGCUGUUAUGAAACCUGCUGCUUGUGAUGGCGACGAUGACGAAGAGGGUAGUGAAGAGCGUCUUCCAUCUUGUUACGACUACUUCAUGCAUUUCGUCACCGUCUUCUGGAAGGUUUUGUUCGCCUGCGUCCCGCCCACAGAGUACUGGAACGGCUGGGCCUGCUUCUUGUUCUCCAUCAGCACCAUCGGCCUCCUCACCGCCUUCAUCGGGGAUCUGGCGUCACACUUUGGCUGCACCGUGGGGCUGCGGGACACCGUGACCGCCGUGGUGUUCGUGGCGCUGGGAACCUCUAUUCCAGACACCUUUGCCAGCAAAGUGGCCGCCAUGCAGGACCAGCAUGCUGAUGCGUCUGUUGGUAACGUCACCGGUAGCAACGCUGUCAACGUGUUCCUGGGGAUCGGCGUGGCGUGGACGGUGGCCGCCGUCUACUGGAAAGUCAAAGGGAAGGAGUUCAGGGUGGACCCAGGGUCGCUGGCCUUCUCCGUCACUCUCUUCACCAUCUUUGCUUUCAUCUGCAUGGGCGUGCUCCUGUUCAGACGCCGGCCCUCUAUCGGGGGGGAGCUCGGGGGGCCAAGGAGGGCCCGCAUCGCCACCAGCCUGCUGUUCCUGGGCUUGUGGUUCCUCUACAUCCUCUUCUCCAGCCUGGAGGCCUACUGCCACAUCAGCGGCUUUUAAAAAGGAGAUGGAAAAUGUUCUGAAAGAAUAUUGCACAGUGACACAAACAUAUACUUUAACACUCAGUCCAUACAAUACACAGUUCUACAUGAAACAAGUGUGAGACGUUUGGAAGUGUUCCGGCUUUUAAUGCAGGGAUACUAAAACACUUCAGAUACAUAUUCACACACACACACACACACACACACACACACACACACACACACACACACACACACACACACACACACACACACUAUGUACGCAUGUGUAAACAGAUCAUAACAAACACACGCAGGCAGUUACAGGCAUGAUCAAGGGCGAGAGGAAGUUUUAGUGAAGUGUUAAGGUUAGUGAACACAAGAGGUUACUGCAACAAAGUAAGAAGAGCGCAGACUGAGAGAGAAAUAGUGAAUGUGAAGUUGAGAUUUUCGAGGUGAGAAAGGUCAGAUGAGCCUCUGGAGUGCUGUCUCAUUCUGUUCUACAGCCGGUGGGGUGGGUUGCCCUGUAGGAUCAGACCGCUGAUAGAGAAGAAACCUGUGCACAUCAGACUAAAUUUAUCCAUCAGUUGCAUUGAAGGAACAACACUUAAGUUUCCUAAAAAAAAAAACUGCUCCCCCCCCAUCUUUACUGGUACAGUCAACUGAGGAGGUGAAACGCUAUCUGAAAAGGUGUGGAAUGUUUACAAUAACAAUAACAUUAAGUAUGUUUACUACUGGAGGUUCUUAUAAAGUGGUGAUGCUGAUCUAAUACACUACAGAAGAACGCAGUUCUCCACACACGCUGUAAAUAAUGAAACCAGUGUACUGUACAUAUAGAGUGUUGUGUUUUCAGUAGGCAGAUGAUGCCUACCAUUGACCAAGUUAGACAGGGAGGAAAUAUGUAGCUAAUGUUCUCUAUAAUUAGUCAUAUUACAGAGAAAAGAAAAGAAAACACUACCAUCAGGUCUCUGCUUCCACCUUUUUAUAUCCAUGCAGAAGAAACACCACAUAUCCCAAACAUUAAAAUGGUGAACAUUUUUGGAAUCAUAAUAUUAGGCAGUAAAAGUGUUAGCUGCCCAAACAGAUGAAUGCCACACUGGUGAAAUAAAACAGCCAUAUCCCCUACAUACUGCGUUCAAGUCAGAUCUCUCAGAUGUUUGUACACCAAACCAACAGAUUGUGCAUGUAUAGCCAAAUACAGACACACAAAUAAUCAAGCAGAAGUACUAUGUAAAAGGAAACGAUCAGAAUACACCUGUAAAUGACAUCCCUGAUGUUAAAUCAGACAUAUAAUGCUCACUUUCAGGUUUAUACUGGCCUUUUAGGUUUCUAUCUGAACUUGGUUACAUGAGUUUUUAAUGAUAUGUCCACUUUACCUGUAUAAAACUGAGUGGGCAGGCACACAGGAGGGAGGAGAGGCGUUUGUUCUGAGGCAAACAAAAAGGGCAUUUUGUUCUCCUCAAAGGUCAAAUGUGUGCUGUGUGGAACUUGGUUGGAGGCUCCAUCCAGACAGACUGAGAGGACGGAACUCCUUCAGUAAUGUGGAGACAGACCAACCCAUUGCUGCGGCAUGUUUCCUUUACCUUCAGUGACAGCAGCACGGGCAGACAAACAUGCAUGGGUGGUCAAACAAGACUUAACAGUGUUAGUUUACUUUCAACAGUGAGGCCUAGAAGCUAGUACAUUACAAUAUAGUCUUAAAAAAACUGACAAAACAGAUUCCAAUCGUCAUCAAGUCUACAGCAUAAUGAUCCACACACAAGAUCCUAAGCUUCACUCAAAUUAGGAUGCAGGAUGCCGGUCUAAACCACGAACAUUUUCAAGAUGGCACCCAUACAAUGCCUUAAGAUACAAUUCUCAAGUACAAAUCCAGUAUUCAAGCUUCCAGCUGUACAGAGCUGUACUUUAUCUGAUGUAACAGAAACACACUGUUUUCUUAGUGCAAUUCAAUACAAGUACCAGACAUUUAAUACAAGAACCAGACAUGCUUAAAAUUACUUUCCAUUUUAAUGGAAGGUGUGCACACUGUUUCAAAAGAACUUACUUGCAAACAAACUAAGGUCUAUCAUCUAACAUUCUCCUGUUUACAGUCUGUAGGUCAGCAGCAGACAAUGCUUUCCAUUUUCAAAUCAUGCUGUCAUAUCCAAAAGAUUUAAUCUGCAAAGAAGCCGCAGUCUCACUUUGCAUUUGAAUCAAACACAGUUUCUAUAGUCAUAGUACCAUAGUGUUGCCUGUUUUAGUGAAUAAAACCUCACUGUCGCUCAGUAAUGCAUGGCAGAAUUGGAACAUACAAUAAAAAUGUUCAUAAGCUUCUGAAGCUACUGGCUGCUAUAUAGACACUAAAAUCAACUAGAGAAGUGCAAAACUGUUAAA